AUGAAUGUUCUUUUUUGGUUCAAAUAUAUCGCAACAUUUUCACGCAUUGUAUUACUAUCGAUAUAUACGUACGUCAAAGCGCGUCUUUUUGGUAAGAAGAAAUGCACAGCACCACUAUUACUCAAUCGAGAUAGUCAUAUUGCCAUUGUUGGAGGCGGUAUUGGAGGCGUCGGUGCCGCAUAUGCUUUGGUUCGCAGUGGAUAUAAAAAUGUGACCAUAUAUGAAGCACGUGAGAAACUCGGUGGCAAUGCGAGAACACAUGUUUGGAAAAUUAAUAAUAAGAAUAAGAAUAUUACAACAGGACUUUCUGUAUUAGCAUGGCCGGAAGUAUUUCGUAAUUAUAUUCAUUUAUUAAAUGCAUUAAAUAUUGAAACAACGACAGUUGAGUUACCAUUUUUUAUUCAUAAUAGAGAUGAAAAUACUUUCUUUGCUCAUGCAAAACAAGACGUGCACACUCAACAAUAUAAUACUGAUUUAACGCGUUGGAGACGUAUGAUUGAUAUUGUGAGAUAUAUAUCUGAGUUAUUUCAUGAUCGAGAAACCUCUCUAUAUCAUUUUUCACUUUUAAAUCCUUUUAAUUAUAUUUCAAUGAGGCUUUUAAGUUUAUUAUUUGGAAUAUCAACACGUUUCUGGAAUAAUAUUGUUGUACCUAUGUAUGCAACGACAUUUUUAUCAACGAACUUAUCUUUCAUUCCAUCAGCAAUUCUUCCAACUGUCGAUCGAUUAAUAUCUUUAGACCCGAAUCGUAUACCGACACUGCAAGCUUGGUUGCAAACAUCGACAGAUGUUUUCGAUCGAAUGACACAGGGAACUACUAUUAGAACAAAGUCUCCGGUUAAAAGUGUUCGGAUUCAACGAAAUCAGCAAAAUCAAAUUAUGAUCUGUAUUAACAAUGAAGAUGUCAUAUACGAUCGAAUUAUUUUUGCUUGCGAUAGUGAGUCAACACUAAAUGCACUGAAAAAUGGUAAUACAAAUAUUUCGUUACUAUUGAAAAUAAUGUUAUCAAAUGUUACGUACAGUGGUGACGAUGAUGCAAAUCUAUUGGACGGAAUUAUUCAUCGCGAUAUUAGCAUUCUACCAAAUGAAUUUGCCGAUGAAGUAACUCGUAAAUACGCAAAUUAUAUUGAUGUUAAAUAUGAUAAAAAGAAACAAAUAUUUUAUAAUUACAACACAUUUAUUUUAAGUUCUUGGUUGCCUAAUGUUCAUGCCAUGCUGAAAGAAAAUAAUUUAGAACAGAGUGAAAUAGAGCCGAUGUUAGUUACUUAUUCGCCGUAUGAUCAACCGGCUCCGCAAAUUGAUAAAAAGAAAAUUUAUGGCACAGUAGAUAAUCGACGAGCACAUCCAAGUCUUUCCUUACGUAAUCAAGCGAUUUCAUUAUUAAUGCGAUUAGUGCAAGGGGAAAAUGGAAUGUAUUUUUGUGGAUGUUCUGCUACACCAGCGAACGGACAUGAUCUUUCAUUGAUAUCAGGUUUUGCAGUUGCUGAAUUAAUUGGUGCUGCAUAUCCAUUCGCUGAUAAUUUAUACGCAUUGCGAGACUACAAUCGAUUCAAAAGAAUGUGUAUUGACUAA